GAUUAGGGUUUUGGUAAGAACCGCCAGAAGACUCAUAAUCUUAAUCGGCUUGAAGCGCAGCGUAACGAGCUCAAUUCUCGAGGUAGGGUUUGUAAAAUCCCCAAUUUUUUUUCAAGUAGAACCCUAAUUUUGUUGUGUUGUGCGUUUGUAUUAAUUCAAUGUUUUGUGUGGUGUUGAGAUGUGUAUGCGUUGUGGAAUUAGGAGUGUGGGAGUUUUGAUUUGAUUGUUGGAUUUGGUGAAUGAUCUUGUAGUUUUAGAGUUUUUUGUAUUGAGGUUAGUUUGUAAGAAAGUUGAAACUUUAAGGUAGGUAUUCUUGAUAUCUGACUUGUGUGUUUUGGCUCUUGAGACGAGCAUCUGGAGGUAGAUGGUGGUUGAGGUAGGUUCCGACAACACGGUUCCGAUUUAUCGGCUGCAUGUACGUUUUCUGACAACGAAGUUUAGACUACGGCAACAAUGACUGUCGGCGGGAGAAGCAAACUCCGGGCGCCAAGCAAACAAUUGCUGAUUUCAAUAGUUUAGACUAGGGCAACAUUGCUGAUUUCUAGAGAAAACUUGGAUAGAUUCAUACCGAAUAGAUCAGCGAUGGAUUUUGAUUAUGCGCAUUGCAUGCUAACACAGUCCAAAAAUGGUAAGGAGAAUCCAAUUGCAAGCUCACCGGCGAAGGAAGCAUACAGGAAUCGGCUGGCGGACAGCCUCAACAUGAACAGAACCAGGAUUCUAGCUUUCAGGAACAAGCCUCCGACACCAAUAGAUGCGGUUCCAAACGAGUGGUCUUCAGUGCAGCAGGCGAAGCCAGUAAAGGCCCUUAGAUACAUCCCUCAGAAUGCAAAUAUGAGAGUUAGGGCCAAAGCUGUUGUUUCGAUCUCUCAGUGUGUCUCUAAACUGGAGUCAGGUGAGAUUAGAGAAUACGGGCUUUCUUCGUUGGUGCAAACGCCGGCUGAGUUGUUGAAAGAUAGGCUUCCUGAAGCGAGAGAGGCGACUCAAGGUAUGGUGUUGUUGGUUUACAAGGCGGUUAUGGAGGAUGGGGAGAAUGAAGAAGAAGAUAAGUAGCAAAACUUUUGCCAGUUAAAUUUGCCAGCCAUUGACGCGUUGACCAUGGUUUAUGCAGGUUUUCAUAGCUUGUGGAUAUUAGAGUUGUUGAUCAAGUUAUCUAAUGAACGGAUGUAGGUAAGGGUGCAAACGAGCCGAGCUACUCGCAAGCUUCGGACGUAAUCACUGCUUUAUCACAGAAGAACUCAUACAUUCCAUACAGAAACAGCAAGCUCACACUACUCCUUCAGAACUCAUUAGGUGGAAACGCGAAGACUUUGAGGUUUGCUCAUGUGAGCCCAGAAGGUGAUUCUUUCGGGGAAACGGUUAGUAGGUUGAAGCUUGCUCAACACGCUUCGACCGUCGAACUUGG